AUGUCAUUUACGACGCCUGAGCAACCAACAACUACAGUUUUACAAGCCAUUGUGUCACCAACAACCACUGAACAAUUAAUAGCCACAACGAAAUUAACAGUCAGUCAGCAGCCAACAACAGAUGCCCUGCAUACAACUGUGUCACCAACGACUUCUAAGCAACCGACAACCACUGAUGAGCCACCUACCAUAACAACGGAACAACGAAAAUUCCGCGUUUUCUUUAGUGUUGAACCAACAACAGCAUUACACAUUACCACUGUACUAUCAACAACAGAAGUACAACCAACCACAGGACCACCAGUAAGCACUCUUCCAAAAACUACAGAGCCAAUAACAACCACCAAAAAUCAAAGAACCACCUUGCCACCAACUAAAACCAAAGUGCCAACAUCAACCAAUGACCAACCAACAAUCAUGGUGCCGCUAACGACCAUUGUAAUACCAACUACUUUGUUACCAACAGAAGUAAAACCAACUACAGUACAACCAACAACCACACUGUCAUCAGUAACACUACUACCAACAACCACAGUGCCAUCAAUAACCUCUGAUCUAACUACCACACUACAAACAACCAUCCAUGAACAAAUAUCCCAACAACCAGAAACUACACAAAACACUUUCUCAGAAUUGCAACAAAGAAAAGCUCAGUUACUUCAAGAAAUUGAAAGACUCGAGAACCAGAUUGCUGCCUCCAACGCCACUCUCACAGCUCUUCAAAAGACCAAUCAAGCCCUGCAACGAGUCAAUGAAGCCAUCGAGGAAGCCACUGUCAAUGAUCGAUGA